AUGCUCUCCCUCGCGCUUCUGCUGGUGUUGUCGUUUGGGCGUUGCGCCCAGAAUCCCGCAAAGCCCAAUCCCGAACAUUACGCACCAGUGGCCGUCGCAUCCAACCACAAGCGGCAGGCCAUGACGUGUGAGCAGACAUAUGGGCCCGAGACGCAGCAGUGCGGUGGUGUUACUAGCACCUUCUGCUACGACCCUAGUAUUGGACAGACGUGCUGUCCUCUAGACAAUGGGUUCUGCGAUGAAGGCGAAUACUGCGCACCUGUCGCGGGUUAUUGUUGCCUCGAGGGAGAAGAUUUGCCAACAUGUGCUGAAAAUGCCGGAUUCGUACUGCCUGGCUCCGCAUCGAUCUCACCCACCACGAGCGUUUCUAUGUUCGAUGAUGCGACCACAAUCGCUCCGGAUCCAACCGUCAGCCCUUUCCUCAACGUACCCCCAACCUCGACAACGAUGAGCAUGCCUGACGGCAUCCCCUCGACACUGACGACAGCACCGACGUCGACAAGAACGGCGGACUCGCCAGACACAAAUAGUGACGUCGGCGUUGACAACGACAGCGCAGCCGACGCAGAUGCCGCGGACGGCACAGGUAUGCCAAUGACCACCAGCAGCAUAACGGCGCCAGCGCCAGCAGUAGCAUCAAAUACGACGACGCUCCCGCCCUUCGUCCAGGUCUCAGUUGCCGUGAAGGGAGAUCGACUGCUGUGCAGUGCAGUCACACUGCUUGGGGUGUUCUUCACUGGGUUCUUCUAA